AGGUGUUAAACUGUGCGAAAAUAACAGUUUUCAGUUUAGUCUGAGAAUUGUCACCGGACGAGCAUGGUUUUUUCUUUCUGUAAAAUGAUCGAACGGAUCGUUUUAUUAACAGUGCCAAUGAAAGUGGAUUAUUAAUUUUCAAUAAUGGUUGAACGAGGCAAAAAGAGAGUGAUCAUUUUCCAAUUACCGGUUACAUAUGCACAUGGGAACUGAUUUGUGGCGAUUGUCCAGUGUUUUCUAUACUCAAGUUGAAAGUGAUACAUCCUUCGAUUGGUUCAUUCGGAAAUGAGUUGAGUUUAUUAUUCGAUAUUGUACAUAAAUGCACGUUGAUUGUAUCGAACAAGUGGCACAAUAUGGUGAAUGGGUUGUUGCAUGUCGUGACGUUAUAUUUUCAGAUUUUUGCGGUGAUUAGCUGAUUGUUCGUGGUAUGGGGGCCGAAUAUAAUCCUGAAAUUGUGGAACUGAUGCUGUGUUAACAAGUGUGGAAUCGAAAGUGGAAAACAGUGAUAGACGACGUGGGUUAUUGUUUGCACUAGUAGGCAUCUCUAGGACGGAAUACGUCAACGAACCAUAACCAUGGGUCUUUUCGGGUGGAUAAAAAAGGACACUAACCUGCACCGACGCCGCGAGAGUGCACCACCGGUUACCAAGAACAUAACCGAAAGCGGUGCCAGCGCCAACCGGGACCAGGCGUACAUCGACAAGCUGAACAAAUUCAACGAAUGGCGCGCGAAACAAAGACUUGAAAGAAUUAGUGAGGGAUGUACGCUGGUGUCACCCGACCGUAGGAUUCCGAGUGUUAUUGAGGAGGAAAAGGACUCCGAAGGUGGCGAGGUCAGUGACUUCAGUUCGGACAUUGACAUCAACAGCGAGGAACGUAGGGUUUUGAACCGGAGGCUUGAUAUCCCAAAAAGUCCUCGAUAUACCAGACAUCGUCAGGACGCAGGUGUACCCAAGAAACCUAAGCGGUCAGUUGAAUUCUAUAGAAAUAUUAACAGGAUUCCGGAGAAUGGCGAGCAUAGUUUAAACAAUGGUAAAAAUAAUAAUGUUCACGAGAGAUUUUCGCUUCCGUCCGUGAUGGCUUCGGCAACACCCGGAAGAAUCAAAUUCAACGUUUCCAAAACCAACAAUAACACGAUCUAUGAAAACGAACGUGAAGAGUUUGAACAGAUGCGUACAAACGAUACAAUCGGAGACACCUACGCUGUAGAAAGCCCUCCAAGCAGAUUUUAUAAAGAAAAUUCAAGCCCGUAUUCGAAAAAUAGUUUGGCCUGUCGCACAAGUCCAGCGGUUGUUGAUUCUACAUCGAAAAAAGCAGUGAACUUAUUGCAGAAGUCAGCUCGCUCCCGCAGCUUCAAGGACAAACCAGCCCCUCCACCGCCGAUGCCAUCGUCCGAUCCGCCCGUUCUAGUGGAAAAGAAGCACAACCGUACCAUCGGUAGCGGUUCGGAAUCUCCGUUCGCUGGUUCCUAUCGCAAGUACGACCUCAACUCGUCGUCAAUCUACGACGAGCACAUCAUCUCAUCACGCGCCUAUCGGGGAGACAUGAAACCUCUCAAUUCAACUGCCAACAGUCCUGCCAGCAAGGAACGACGAAAGUCACCUUCCUACCAAACGGUCAUUAACAAACACGGCGAUCUGGUGGACUAUGCUCUUCCAUUCAGUGAUACAACCGAUACUCAGUCGGAACUGAACUGCACCAACGAUAUCCGAGCUUGCGAAGAGGUCAUCAAUGAAAAUUUCCGCUUCCUGAACAGUGACAUUCAGCGUUCCACCGUGGUAAUCGAUGACAGUACCAGCAUGAUCCACGAACCAAUCAGCGUCCUGAAGGAACGAGCACCUCAAAUCGUAACCGACCUGGAUCGAUCCAAUCAAAGCACAGUUAAGGGCGAAGAAGUUGGCCUGUUCGAUGAAGUUGAUCUAGUAAUCCACGAACCACAGGAUAUUCUACUGGAACUGGAUUCGCUGGAAAAGUGGAGCAAAAGUAUUCAGCUAUCGGACGACUUUCUGCAGAAACAAUUUACCGAGAAGGGGUUGCUAGAAUACUUCCAGCGAUCCUCCAGCCAGCUGCUGAUCUGUUGGCCUAAAGAGGUUCACUACCGAGUUGGAGCGCUACGAAGCAGCUUUAUGGCCCCGUUGGAAUUCUCUUGUGGAAUGUUUCGCAACACUCCGGUGACGUUGCGGAAAUACUCGCUCAGUGUGGAACGUAGUUUGUACUUUGCCGAGGAAGCUUGCAAAAAAGAUUUCGAACUGCUGAAUCAGAUCAAGCACUACGCAAUCGCUACGCUGAUGGCGGUUUGUUACGAUGCCGGUCUUAACCAGGCUACCCUGGUGUUCGAACCGUUCGAUUUUACUCUGUUUGACUACAUUCAUAAAAUGAACAAGCGGCUGUCCUUACUACACGCCAUUACUGUUGUGCAACAGAUCUCGCUGGCUGUAUCCUACCUGCAGGAGUGCGGUUACAUUCAUUCCAACAUAUCCAGUGGCUGCAUUCUGAUGAGAAGGUAUCCGUACACAGUAAAACUGACAUCAUUUGAGUUGACCACCGAGGCUUCCGAUUCGAUUCGUAAAGAGAUUGAAGAACGCUACGGCAGUACCUCAUCUUCGCGAAAUUCCAUGACCUCUUCGCAACACGAAGAACUUAAGAAGAUCACCACCUACUCGCGGUUGAUAAAGAAUGAUGAACAGUUUCUACGGGAUAAGUAUCGUAAACUGUCCAAGCAAGUUUCCGAAAGCAGAAAAGGUCAGAUUAGUCCUUUAGGUGACACUGGUGCGUACGAUUGCCGAACUAGUCGCUACUUGCCGUACUGUAAAGAAUACCGAGAAAAGUUUUCCCUCUUCUACUACGUCGCUCCUGAGCUACUGGUCCCGAAAUCCAACUUCGUCUUCCCGAGCAAGAAUACGGAUGUGUAUUCGCUUACAUUGCUUCUGUGGGAGAUCCUAAAUGGCUACGUUCCAUUUGUGGUGUACAGUCGACAAGAGUUGGAGAAAUUACAGGCUUCUGCCAGUCUGCAGUUACCAAUGUUCGAGAAAGAACGAUGUGAUCGCUUCCGACAAGUUUUCGAAAACGGACUAGCCUAUCUCAACGGGCGAAAACUAACUGUAACGGAUAUAUUGGAUACCUUGGAAUGUUUACUGAUAGAGAACGGCUUGAAUAAGAACUUCCAGGCAAAUGAGUUUGCCGAGGACUACGAAGAACAAUUGAACGCUUCGGAGAUAAGAAAAAAGAACGAGCUGAACGACAUUCGGAAGCAAAAUGCAAUGGAAAAGACGGAUAAAAUAUAUUUCCAAUCCACCAAUACGCAACCAGAUUACGUCAACAAAACGACGAACGGUUCAGCUGAUAGUGCCGUACCGAAACGAACGAAGCCGCAACCGAAGAAACCUUCUCGCAAGAUAAACAAAACACCAGUGCAAAAGGAAGCAGUAGAUGAGUCCAAACCGAAGAAGUCUCCGUUCGGUUCAAGCUUCAAUCUGUCCCAUUCGGCUAUCUAUCAAUCGAUAUUCGAUUUCAACAACAAAUUCCUGUCACCUCGAUCUUCGAAGCAGGUUGUCUACGGACGAACCAGUACGGUGAAGAAACACAAGAAACCCGACAGAUCUAGCAAGCGUGCAGCUAAGGAACUUUUCGAGCCAACAACCUUCGACAACCAAACUGGUAGCUUCCACAGACUAAGCACAACAGAAUCAGAUAACAAUCCAGACAAGGUCCCUAUUGCAAACAUACAACAAACUAAACAGAACGAGCCAGAAACCAUUGGACCGUUGGAAGUUUACUGUAAGGAAAGUCCAGCAAAAACGAAUAUCAACAGCGAAAAAUCCAAAUUUUUGAAGGAAAUCAUAGUGGAUGAACCUCCGGCGUACGACUGCACAAACGAAAAUCAACAGGCGGUAUCCUGCGACAGUUCACCGGGAACCAAACGAAAGAGUCUCUGUUCGAAACUUUCCAACUCAAUGCGAUUCACCAUCGGAGAUUUCACGCUGCCCGAUACCCCGAUCGCUAGGAAGAACAAGAUUCGAAAACACGCUUGGCUUUCCGAUCAAAAACUGGUCAUUUCCGAUGAGAACACUUCAACACCGGUUUCACCGCAAGGUCGAAGAACUUGCUCGUUCUUCAACGAUUUGAGCUCCCAGGUAGGCCGGGACAGUCGGUCCCAUGGUGGUUUGAGUAAUCCACUGAACUUGAACAUUUCCUCGUCGAUGCAGGAAAUCAAACCGAGGAGAAUUAAUAUUAGUGUGAAUGUUAUCCGAACGCCAGAGAUGGGAGAAAAACUAAAAGCGCACAGCCAAGAGUUUAACAAAACAACACCGACAAUCGUGGACAUUGAUCUUGACGAACCAGCUGCCCGGGAAGUUAACAAUAAAGCGGAAUCCGUUCAUAAUGUUUUUGAAGGUACCCUGUGGAAAAAAGAAAAGGAGAUUUGCGAGCGUUCAAAACUUCACCACUCGGCUGACAGUCUUGACGAAGGACAGGCAGAUACUUCGGCCACUGUGAUAACAGCGCAUUUAACUUCAGUUCGCGAUGCAAUACGUAAGAUAGAGACUACUUUCGAAGAUACCGGCUACGACUACAGCCCUAACAGAAAACUGGAUUGUUCCAAAAAACCACCAGAAGGAAAAGUAAUCUCCGAAGAGUCUGUUGUUGUUGAGGAAAAUCUCCUCAUUCCAACGAAAGUUCUUGAGCUUGAGAAAACAAUCGAGCAGCAUCCGCUAGAGAGCGAACCGCCGCGAGCGGUAACUCGAUUGGACGUUGUGCUCACUAACAAUACGUUGAACAAGAAGGAAGAACUACUACAGUAUCAGCAGCAAACGGUACUGCCAGAAACACCCGUGUUCAACCCAAACUCACAGCUAUUCAUUCGCCGCAAAGCCAACAACGCCGCAAGCGUCAUCCAGCGCACCGUUUACCGGGAAAGCAUCGUCUCUAGUUCCGAUCUACCCGGACUAGACACGACCAAUACUUCACAAGCAUCCAGCACGGCACUUCCUGCGGGAAGUGCACGCAAAAAGAAACUCACGACUCGAGUAACCGUAAACAUGCGGAAGAUUUCCCGUCGCGCCUCGGACAUCGGAACCAGUCCGGCCAGUUCGCGACCCAGUUCACUCAAUUUAGACGAGGAUCUACCCCCGUCCGGAUGUUUGACGCCAACGAAUGGAACGGCCCCGGUGCGACAUUCCUGCGGAAACGAUUUGCUGAAAGCAUUCACCAAGCUGCGUCUGGUGCAAAGUAACGAGGAAUCCGGCGGGUCAAGAUCUGUCAGCGUUAACGAGGAUCGUGGCGUCGAACGGAGAAGUAUGUGUACCCCGGUGAAGUCAACCGGGAGCGGUCGGACGGAAAAGUUUGUGUGCUGCAACUGCGGGAGCUCCAUGGUGCCAGCUGAUAGUUUGAAUGUACCUACCGGAAGUCGCAUCGGAGUAUCGGCCGCAUUCGGUGAUUUGAAUUUUCCUCGUGAAAGUUUAGCAUCCAUGUUCGAGGACAACCUAGGAUUCAUCCAGCAACCAGUCCCUGGCACCCCAAUGUCACGACAAGCCCUCGCAGCGAUCCCGAACGCAAAAUCAACCGAGGACCUAUAUAUUGACGACGAUUUCUACCAGGGGCUGAAUCUGGGUGCCAACAUGGAACUGGUGGAGUUCAUCGACGAUGGGCACUAUUUGGACGAGUUCGGUUAUGACAUCUAUACGACCGAGGAAAUUUACGACGCCGAAGAGCUUGAAGAGAAUGCUGGUCAGGAACCCAUCGGAAACGGAGAUCCAAAGGAAGAGGAACAGUUUCUGUUCAAGUGUGCUAAUUUGAACCCAACCAGUACGGAGGAAAUCGGGUCGGUGUUUUCACCGACGCAGCCCGAAGAAGAGCUGAAACAGCUCGGGCAGGAGGACAUGGAUAAGUAAAAUUUUAAAGGAUUGAUGAUAGAUUUUACAAACAUUUCUCCGAUGAUCGGAGAGGCGAAUAUACACAAUGUAUAUCUUUAUAUGAUCAAAU